AUGGGGUCAGGUCCCCCCCAUCAACCGUCGCUGGACGACACUGCCAAAUCCGCGACCUUUGGCACCGUGGACGAACCCGACAAGCUCCAGGGCUAUGCAUCGGCCCCGGGGGUCGUCGACGAGGUCACCCGGGUGGUGGACCAUAAGGCGGAACGUCGCCUGUGUCGCCGAUUUGAUAUUCGACUGCUGCCCAUCCUGGCCAUCAUGUACCUCUUCAACGCCCUCGACAAGGGCAAUUUGGGCAAUGCAAAGACAGAUGGCAUGGACAAAGGUACCGCUCUCAUCUAUCUGCAUUUCAAGCCCAACCAGUAUAACCUGCUGCUGUCUAUUUUCUUCGUGCCCUUUGUGGUCUUUGCGCCACCCUUUUCCAUGCUGGGAAAGAAAUUCAGCCCCGCGCGGGUGCUGCCCAUCCUGAUGUUCUCAUUUGGGGCUUUCACCCUGCUGUCGUCCGCCGCCAACAACUUCGGCGGCAUCUUCGCCCUACGCUGGUUCCUGGGCAUGUCCGAGGCCGCUUUUUUCCCGCUGGUGAUUUACUACUUGACUACGUUCUACCGACGUGGCGAGCUGGCCCGCCGUUUGGCCAUCUUCUAUGCUGCCUCCAAUAUCGCCAACGCCUUCUCCGGCCUCAUUGCCUUUGGGGUGUUUCAAAUCCAGGGGUCCAAGCUACCCAAUUGGCGCUACCUGUUCCUGAUUGAGGGCGGUGUCACUGUUCUCUUUGCUGUCUUCGCCUUCUUCUACCUGCCCAAGAGUGCCGCCGAGGCCAACUUCCUGUCCGAGGAGGAGAAGGCUCUCGCCUUCCACCGCAUUCAGGUCGACUCCAGCGCCGUCGUCAAUGAGAAGUUCCGCUUCCGCGAAGCCAUUACCAUUUUCAAACAUCCCACUACCUAUGUCUUCCUCAGCAUCGAAAUCUGCCUGGGUGUACCGCUGCAAGGCGUCGCCCUCUUCAUGCCGCAGAUCGUCGCGCGCCUAGGCUACCCGACCGUCAAGACCAAUCUCUACACGGUGGCCCCGAACGUGACGGGGGCAGUGAUGCUCCUCGUUCUGGCCUUCUGCUCCGACUACACGCGCCUCCGCUCGCCGUUCAUUGUGCUCGGGUUCUUGUUCACGUUCGCCGGCUUCAUGAUCUAUGCCUCCAUCGAUGAUGUGCACCAACAGCUGCAGCUAGCCUAUUUCGCGACCUUCAUGAUGACCUGGGGCACUUCAGCGCCCUCCGUCAUGCUGAGCACCUGGUACAAUAACAACAUCGCCCAUGAGGGCCGCCGAGUGCUGUUGACCAGUAUCGGCGUGCCACUAGCCAACCUGAUGGGUCUGGUCAGUAGCAAUGUGUUUCGGGAGCAGGAUGCCCCCAAGUACAUGCCGGCCUUGAUUACCGUUUCGGCCUUUGGCGCAACAGGGGCCUGUCUGGCCGGCUUGCUGGGGUUGUACAUGUGGCUGGACAACAAACGACGCGACCGACGGGACGGGGUGACCAUGCAAGCGCGAGACAUCCCCACCGAGCGCAUGCGCGACGGGCCCUCCUCGCCGCAAUUCCGCUGGUUUCUUUGA